AUGGCGUCAGAAGAAAAGCAAAAAAGUGUCUUUAAAAAUAUAACUGGUGUUGAGACGUGGGUGGUAACGGGCGUCAGUAUACUCAGCCAGACCAACGACGAAGAAAACAUUUUUACGUCAUCUGGCGGCGACCAGAGUAAUCAUAAACACAUGGAAGGUGAGGUCAUUAGCGUGAACAAGAAGCCCUCAGCCAUUACGGGAAGCGGGCGCAAACUGAAAGACAAUGCCGCCGACUGGCACAACUUAAUGCUCCGCUGGGAGAAGCUCAAUGAGGAAGGCUUCACAAUCGCAAGUAAAAUCAUCAACACCAGGAGAAGCAGCGUCCCUCUCUACUUCCUGUGCAGCAUCGACACUGAAGGAUCCACCCGAGAUCUGGUUUUUGAGAAUUCAGCGCUUCGGGAGGAAUGCGAAAAACUGGAGGGUGUUGUUGACAAAAUGGCGGCCAUUGUGGCCAAGAUGGAGCGCCUUAUGGCAUCCCAGCGAGGCCUGGUGGACCUGGAGGAAUUUCAGUUCGGGCCACAAGGCAGGAAGGUUCCGCUCUUCCACAGUUGGAGCACUAAAGACUUUGUGUCGUCGUGUGACAUCCUACUGCAGUCGUUCUCGUCGGAGCUGCGCCUGAAGCGCGUCAUCCUGCGGGAAGCAGCCCACAGCACUGACGGCGACCUCGGCCUGGUGUACCUUUCUUGUUGGCUGCACCAGCCGCUUGUACCGGCUCAGGCCCGUCUGGCCCUGGAGGCCAUCCUGCUGGAGACGGGCCAUCGACACCUUCCCGCUUGA